AAUAACUAAUUUUUAAUAUAUUAACAUAUAAGGAAGAUACAUGCUUGCAGUUUAACCUCAAGGCAUGUAAAGCUCCUAUUGGCGUUCGGUAACAAUAGUUUUUAUUUUAGUUAGUUCUGUCGCAGUUGGUUAUCUGGCGCUUCUUUGUAUUGCUCACCAGGGAGACAUCUUGCCCCUGAUUGAGUGACCUGUCGACUGAGCCUCUGAUGUCUGUGGAACUGGUAUCUGCUCACAUGGGUGAUGAAGCGGUAAGAGGCGCUUCCCACUUCAAGGUGGAAAGACAUUCCUGGGAAGGUCUGCGAGAGAUAAUUCAUGGGAGUCGCAAAUACUCAGGGAUCAUGGUCAACAAAGCUCCACAUGACUACCACUUUCAGCCACGGAAAGACGACAGUGGGACACAUUCACACCGCCUGUACUUCUUAGGUAUGCCAUAUGGGACUAGAGAGAACACGCUUCUUUAUUCUGAAAUUCCCCGGCAGGUACGCAAAGAGACAACUCUACUUCUGUCCUGGAAGCAACUUUUGGAGAAUUUUCAGGCAACACCACAUCACGGAGUCUACUCUAGAGAAGAAGAGCUACUGAGAGAACGCAAACGACUUGGGGGCUUUGGUAUCACAUCUUAUGACUUUCAUAGCGAGACUGGCCUCUUCCUGUUUCCAGCAAACAACAGCUUAUACUAUUGCAGGGAUGGCGGUAACAUUGGCUUUAUGGUUUCCCCUGCAAAACCAAUAGAAAUAAAGACACGGUGUGAUGGACCUCGAAUGGAUCCCAAGAUCUGUCCUGCAAACCCAAACUUUAUCUCAUUUAUUAACAACAGUGAUUUGUGGAUAGAAAAUAUCCACACCAUGGAAGAACAAAGGCUGACCUACUGUCAUAAAGGCCUGCGCUGUGUGAUGGAUGAUCCUUGUUCUGCUGGUAUUGCAACAUUUGUUAUUCAAGAGGAGUUUGACCGCUUCACUGGAUACUGGUGGAGUCCAACUGCAGUAGACCUCCCAGGAGGGUUUUCUGUGCUUCGUAUCCUGUAUGAAGAGGUAGAUGAGUCAGAUGUGGAAAUAAUACAUGUUCCAUCACCGGCACUGGAAGAGAGGAAGACUGAUGCAUACAGAUACCCUCGCACGGGAAGCAAGAAUCCCAAAAUUACUCUGAAACUAUCAGAAAUAACAACCAAUAAUGAUGGUGAGAUUGUUGCUGCUCAGGAUAAGGAAUUGGUUCUUCCAUUCCAUUCACUCUUCCCUUCAGCAGAAUAUAUUGUAAGAGCUGGCUGGGCAAAGGAUGGAAAAUUUGCUUGGGCUAUGCUUCUGGAUCGUCCCCAGUGCCUCUUGCAGUUAGUUUUGCUUCCACCUGAACUAUUUAUCCCGGUGUGUGAAGAUGAAGAGCAACGAAAACAAUAUGUAAAGGAAGUGCCUCCGCAUAUCCAGCCAUAUGUAAUAUAUGAAGAAAAGAGUGACACAUGGGUCAAUGUUCAUGAUGUUUUCCACCUCCUAAGACAGGAAAAGGAGGAUGAAAUUAGUUUCAUUUGCAGCAGUGAGAGUCAGACUGAAUUCUGCCAUCUCUAUCUGAUGACAUCUUUGUUGCAAAACGAGCACCGAGAAUGGUCACAAAUGAUCAGCCCAUGCACAGUGGAAAUGUUUAAAUGCCAUAUAAAGCAGGAGGUGGCAUUAACUAGUGGAGACUGGGAAGUACUGUGUCGUCAUGGAGCUAAGGUCUGGGUAAAUGAGGCAACACAGCUAGUUUAUUUUCAAGGCACAAAGGACACUCCCUUGGAGCAUCAUCUAUAUGUUACAAGUUACCAAAACCCUGGAGAGGUGGUGAGACUGACUGAACGAGGAUAUUCACACAGCUGCACUAUGAGCCCAAACUUUGAUGUGUUUGUUAGCCAGUACAGCAGUGUGUCCUGCCCCCCCUGUGUGCACCUCUAUCGACUCAAUGGGAACCCACUGUACCAACAACCACAGUUUUGGGCAAGUGUGAUGGAGGCUGCAAGGUGCCCUCCAUAUUAUGUACCACCUGAGAUCUUCCACUUCCAGGCAUCUAGCCAAGUCAAACUUUAUGGAAUGGUUUAUAAGCCCCACAACCUGGUCCCAGGAACCAAACACCCCACUGUACUGUUUGUCUAUGGAGGACCUCAGGUACAGCUAGUUAACAACUCAUUUAAAGGAAUGAAAUAUUUGCGUCUAAACACUUUAGCACACCUUGGUUAUGCAGUUGUUGUGAUUGAUGGACGGGGGUCCUGCCAUAGGGGACUUGUCUUUGAGGGGGCACUUAAGAACAAAAUGGGUCAGGUGGAGAUUCAGGACCAAGUUGAGGGCUUACAUUUUGUGGCAGAGCGGUUUGGUUUUGUGGAUCUGGAUAGGGUAGCGAUACAUGGAUGGUCAUACGGGGGCUUCCUAUCUCUUAUGGGGAUCAUCCAGAGGCCCGAGGUAUUCAAGGUUGCCAUUGCUGGUGCACCGGUAACAUUAUGGAUGGCAUAUGACACUGGAUAUACAGAACGCUACAUGGAUACUCCAGUAAACAACCAAGUUGGAUAUGAAGCUGGAUCUGCGGCACUUCAUGUGGACAAACUUCCAAAUGAGCCCCAUCGACUGCUAAUCCUUCAUGGCUUUCUAGAUGAGAAUGUGCACUUUUUUCAUACUAAUUUCUUAUUGUCUCAACUGAUUCGAGCAGGAAAACCUUAUCAACUUCAGAUUUACCCCAAUGAAAGGCACAGUAUCCGAUGCCCUGAGUCUGGAGAACAUUAUGAAAUCACCUUACUGCACUUUUUGCAAGAACAUUUAUAAGGGAACAGGAUUAGUGAAGGAAACAAGCAGACAAUUCCUUAAAUGGAAAAAAGCAGAAAUGGAAGCUAUAAGAGAAGGAAACUUUUUUUUUUUUUUUGGAGAAAAGUUCAAAAGAAUUAAUCUUUUGGAAUGUGUUUUAUUACUAGCAUUGCAACAAGGUACUGCUGAACAGUGAUUGGUGUGAGAUGGAUUAUUGCAUAACACUGAUCACCAUGAUGAAGUCUUCAAUUCAGCAUCUAAAUUAAUUGGAAUAAUGACUUUCUUUCUGUUUGGGAAUUACUUUAAGAUGACCAUGUUUCCUUUCCUUCUUAUCUAACUUACAUACAUAGGCUUGCUGCACUUGUGAGCUCUGUGCGCACGAUAUAAUAAAUGCCAGCCAACAUGCUCCUCCUCUAGUUUUACUCAUAACGCUUUUCCCAUCUGUAUCGCGUUUAACACUGAUUUGCAGAAUGUGACCUCUAUAACAGAGCACUUCAGGUCUUCAGCCAGUUACUGCCUCAGCCUCUCUGUGUACUUGUGUGCACAUAUUUGCACCAUUCACAAUGUCAUAUGUAUUUUAAUUCCUUUUAGUUAAAAGGAAAUAUUUUAUUGAUUAUAAUCUUUUGUAAAUGGUGAGUGUCAAGGACUCAUUAAAUAUUAUGAUUUA